AUGCAAGGGAAGAUUGAACUGCCACGGUUGAAUCUGAGGAACUCACUCUCGCGCCUCAUCCAAGAAUGCAGGAACAUGAGAGAGCUCAAACAAAUCCAUUCUCAGAUCAUAACCUCUCCCACUUUACUCAGACACGACCACUACAUCCUCCUCUCUCGACUCAUCUUCUUCUGCGCCUUUUCCGAAUUCGGCUCUUUCAAUUACGCAACCCAUGUCUUUCAGAGCAUUGACUACCCAGAUUUUUUCCUGUACAACACCAUGAUCAGAGCCUAUGCUUCUAAGACUGACGCCAAGAGGUACAUCGAAACGUCUUCAUACCGAUCCCUCCCCCUGUACAAGCAAAUGCUCAUUAAUGGUGUCAGACCCGGCAAUCAGACUUUCACCUUCCUACUCAAGGAAUGCACAACCCAUCUCGAUGCCAACCUGGGCCGAAGUGUAUACGCUCACGUUAUUAGGAUGGGAUUUAGUAACGACCUAUUCAUUCAAAACUCAAUGAUCAAUUUAUAUACAACAUGCGGGUUUUUGGAUUGCGCGCAGUGUCUGUUCAACGAAAUGUCUAUACGAGAUAUUGCUUCGUGGAAUUCAAUUAUCAUUGGGUACUUGAGAAACGGGGCUCUGGACUUGGCAUUGGAUCUGUUCAGAAGGAUGGAGGAGAAAAAUGUAAUUACUUGGAACUCAAUGAUUACAGGGUUUGCUCAAGGUGGUCGGCCUAAGGAGGCCCUGGAGUUUUUCCAUGAAAUGCAGAUUUCGGGUGAUGGUGCAGUUAAACCUGACAAGAUAUCAAUUGCUAGUGUGGUUUCGGCUUGUGCUUCUCUUGGUGCUCUGGAUCAAGGGGAAUGGGUGCAUAGUUAUUUGGUAAGAAGCGGGUUAGAGUUUGAUAUGGUAAUAGGUACCUCACUGGUUGACAUGUAUGGGAAAUGUGGAUGUGUGGAGAGAGCGGUUGACGUCUUUAAGAAUUUGCCUGAUAAGGAUGUCUUGGCAUGGACGGCUAUCAUUUCAGUGUUUGCUUUUCAUGGGCUUGCAGAACAGGCUUUCGAUCAUUUUGAAGAGAUGAGAAUGCAGGGGACAAAGCCAAACCCGGUGACAUUUGUAGCACUGCUGUCGGUUUGUGCUCAUUCUGGUCUAGUAGAUAAAGGCUAUCACUAUUUCAAUAUGAUGAGACAGGUUUACUCCAUUGAGCCACAGGUUCACCAUUAUGCUUGCAUGGUUGACACACUUGGUCGAAUUGGACUCUUUGAAGAAGCAGAGAAUCUUAUCAGAAUUAUGCCAAUGGAGCCUGAUGCGUUUGUUUGGGGUGCAUUGCUUGGAGCAUGUCAGAUGCAUGGGAAUGUAGCCUUAGGAGAAAAAGUGGCACAUUAUCUCAUCAAGCUGGAUCCUCUUAACCAUGCUUUUUACAUGACCUUGUUGGACAUAUAUGCCAAAGCCAAUAGAUUUGAUGAAGUGAAGAGAAUUAGGUCCUUUUUGAAAGCGAGAGGGAUCAAAAAGAUGGUGCCUGGAUGUAGUACUAUUGAAAUUGAUGGAAUAGUUCAAGUGUUCUCAGCACAAGGAUCGCCUGAAGUCGUGAUGGAGGAGAUAAAGUGGGUUUUAAAUGGAGUUUACUCUGAGAUGGGUGUGAUUGGCAACUCACAUGAUAUUAGUCAAGAAUUAGUGUUCACUGAGACAUAAAGUUGAUGAGGAGCUAUCUCUUUGGCUGUUUGAGAAUAUCAGUUUCCAUUAACAUAUUGCUAACCAGAUUUAUGCGAAGAAAAAAAAAAAUUCUGUGGAUAUUUAUCCAACAAAGAACCCUUGAGCAUAGCCAGGAAAUCUUCAGCUGUAUAUUUGGGAACAACAUCAUGGUAAGAAACUCACCAAGGUGUGGUAGAAUUGCAAUGUUCUCACCAACUUCAAGAAUGAACGUACCUGGAUAGACAUGGAGGAUAAAUAUGUCCAUAUGGUUAGAUCCUAGGAGAUAUUUCAUCCUUGAAGAUUCUUGGAUAGUAUGUCUCUUAAAGGAAGAUCCAAGAAGUUUUUCAUUCUUUUACAUCUUUGUGCAAUCACAGCAAUGUCAUAUAAUUUAAUCAUGGA